UAAAUACAGAUUGUGGUAAACACUCCAUUUCUGCAAAAUGACACAAAUCUGACAUAGAUUUUAUUGAUGUAUUUCAGUAAUAUCUUUGAAGUAAACGCGUGUGGGCGCGUGGAAAAAUAGCGAUGUUGGAUCGUGUUGGACGGUUUCGGAAAGUUUAAGCUUUAAAUGAAGUUUAUGCUGGCUUUUUAAAUAACCUACAACAACAUACGAGUUAAAAUAUGUAUUGCGCCCUGUCAUUUCUAUUAUUGGGCAGUGACGAAAAGUUUAGUAAACUUUUAAGUGAAGUUUAUGCCGGUUUUUCAAGUAACCUAUAACAACACACGAGUUAAAAUAUGUAUUGCGCCCUGUCAUUUCUAUUAUUGGGUCGCAAUGCCAGUAAGCAUCUAUUUUCAUGAAAGUUUCGGCCGUUAGUUAGAUCAAAAAUCAUCAUAAUGACUGACAAUCGUCCUGCGUGUGCUGUGUGCGGAGGGACUGACUAUCGUGUAGAAGCUGGUUUUUAUUACUGCAGCGAAUGUCAUACUCAGUCUCAGGAUAUAAGAGAGGAAGUAUUUGAAACAUGGAAUGAUGAAAAUAACGAAAUAUCUCAGGACUCAUCCAGUAAAAGAAAAAAACGCAAGCUAGAACCUGAUCCAGACAGAGAAUGGACAACGUGGGAAGCAUACAACUGGAUUUUAAAAGGCUUGGUCGAUGAAGUGAUUGAGCUUGGAGCAAAACCAUCAUUAAAGGAACUAGUGCUUCAGCUGUGGGCUAGCUAUCUGAGGAAGAUGGGCGUUGCAUUUACAUCAAAGAAAAACCAAGCUAUGCCCAAACUAGGAGUAGACUUUGAUCUACAGGAUGCUUCUUUAAUCUGUGGCAUAAAAAUGAAAUCAGAAACUUCUAGCAGGAAAAGCUCAUCAUGUAAAAGUGUCAAGUCAGCAUCAUCAAUGUCACAGUCAACAGUGUCAUCAAGCUAUACGAGCUCUCGCUAUCUACAGAGAAAGAAAUUUCAGUCGAAACGUAGAAAACUUAUGGUUGAAGAAGCAAAGAGGGUGCAGCAAGAUGUUGAGGCUUCCUUAGAUUUUUCUUCUCAACUUGAACAGAGCUUGAGAGAGAGAGAGUCAUCUGUGGAAACAAUAUCCAUUGUCUCCUGCAGUUCAAGAUCAAGGGGUUGUGGAUCAGAAGUCUUACUGAAAGAGCGAAAAAGAUUGCUAAGGAAGAUCUGUGGUGCUCGAGGAAUGUACAAAGGGCACAAACGUGUUGGUAAUUCGGACCUCCGUUCAUCAGCAGAUCCACAUUUUCUUGGUCGCACCAGAUUGCUUAACCUCAUUCAUCUUGGCCUUCUUGUUGACUGCAGUGAACAACAACUCAGUGAUCUAUUAAGAUGGAUCCGAGAAGGGCACUUAUCAUAUCAACAUGUGACACAUUUCUUCCCUCAAGGAGUCUGCAUCAAGAAAAGCGAUAGAACACAGUUUGGUGCAUCAGUGCAAAGUGCAAAUUAUUCCACCAUAUUAAAAGGCACUGGACUUUUAAUAAAGUGGUUGGGCGUGAAAUAUGUGCCAGUUCCAGAUGUUCAUAAGUUAGUUGAACGGCAGGUCCAUGAAUUAGGGUUGCCAGAUAUGAUGAUAACACUGGUGGAGCGACUUGCUGAAUUUAUUCCUAUUCUCCCUUACUUUGAGGAAAAUAAAUAUUUUUAUAGUUUUGAGGUGCAGACAAUGGCCAUGAUUAUUUUCGUGCUGAAAUUACUUCUAGGAUUGGAUGAUCGUACAGAGCACAGUGUGUCAGAAACUGCAGAAAGGCUAAAUGAGCUGUAUGUUGGUGACGAUCUUCGACUCUUCAGCUGGGACAGAUGGGUGUGUUGGUUUGAGAGACGCAAGCAACUACUGGUGAGACACCAUAUUCCCACUCGAGACUUAAUAGAUCCAAGAGAAGAAGGUAAUACUCAGCAACUAAUUGAACACUGGAAAAGGGCUGUCAAGGAUGAAAGGCUAUGUGAAAAGGUGAAGACUAUGGACCAUUUAUUCAAGGGUUUGAAACCACAGACAGUUGAAAUUCUGAAACGGCCAUUGCUGUUGCUUGCAGAGAGACAUGAAAAAUCAUAUAACAUGUAUUUUCCUGCAACCCUCAGACCACUGUCAACUUACAGUACCAUUAUCAUUACCCAUAAGUGUCCAAAGCAGCAAAAUUCUCUCUGGAAAAAUUUCAACACUUCAGAUAUGAACUUCAUGUUGGAUCCUUCUGAGGUGCUGAAUCUUGCUGAAGAAAAGAAUAUAAAAUUAAAAAUUCUGAUGAAGAGUGCGCAUUCAAGCUUCAAGAGACUACUGUCAGUGUCUCGACGUUGUAAGUAUGAUAAUGUAUAUGCCAAAAUUUCAGUUGUGUCUGAUGAAAGAUCAGAAAUGUGUUCUGGCAGGAGAUGGAAAAGAACAGAGGUCAUUCCUUUACAUUAUCUUAGUAGUAAGGAGAAAAAGACAUUUUGCCAGAAGAAAGUAAAAAAUAAUAGAGAAUUAAGAAAGACAAAUAAUAUAAAAGACAAACAUAGUUUGAUGGAACAAAAUGACCAUUCAUUUUCAAGAGAGCAUAACAAAUGUAACACUUGUAAACAUCAACAAAAAAGUGAAAAGAAGAAGAAGGGAGACUGUUUAAUUCGUAACUCAUCUACAAUCAGCAACAGCUUUUAUCUACAGUCUGAAGAAUUUCUCAACUUUCACAUAAAAACUGUUUCACAAAGUAGUGGUGUUAUUCGUCAACCAACAAUUCUGGAAAAGGGCAUAGUGGGACUGGCAACAACUGCUCAGAGAAAAUGUAUCAAGAGACUUAAAAAGAAAUUGCUAAUUGGUAUCACAAGAUCAGGCAGAGAAUGUCUGAAGCUUUAUUUACCUUAUAGGCAUUACUGGAUCUGUAGUGGAUCAUAUGAGAAAGGGGAAAUUUCUGAUGAGCAAUUCGAAUCCAUCAUCAGGAAACUGCCAACAUCGUUCAGCUGGCUUUUACAGGAAUGUGCUCGCAUUCUUGAAGUGGAGAAAAGGUACCUUUAUUGUGAGCUGCUACGUGUCGAAGGUGCUGCGCUGUGUGUACACAGUUAAGUUUUUUAGAUCAUUGAUUAUAUUUUUUGUACCAUAGCCAUCUUUUAAAAUGUAUUAUCUUUGUAUGAGUAUUAUCAUUUCUUUAUGUGUAUUGUUGACUGUGACAAGUAUUAGGAACAGUUUUCCUUCUGGUACCUGUCUGCAUUUUCAGAAGGAAACAAUACUGGUAAAGCACAUUUUUACAUUUAAAUGACUGGUUUGUCUUAUGAAUAUGUACCUGAAUUUUGUGUGUAUCAGUUAAUUGUGUCUUUUUGAAUUAUGUUAGCAUCUGCUUAAUUUUUUUUUAUUAAACGUAGACAUGACAAGCUUUUACUACUACUACUGUUGCUACUACUGCCGUAAUUUUGCAAUUGCUUGUUUUGGGGACUCUGUUAUAAGCUACACACACACACAAACACACACACACACACACACAGUGUUUGUAUCAUUGUAUGUAGAGAGCUGCAUGCAAAAUAUUUACAUAACUGUUUGUAAUUGCUGUAUAA